AUGGCUUUCCAAGGAGCACCUGCAGUGCUGGGACGCCAUGUGGCCACGGACCCGGGAGCCUCCCUGCCUGCUUUCAUGGCACGGCCCUUCCCCCCACCCACUGCCGGCGCGCCCCACCGGCCACUCUGGGGGCAGCACCCGCCGCCCCUCCUGACCCCGCCAUUCCCUCCUGGUGGCCCCCUGGUGCUGCCAGCUUUCUCCAGGACUCCGCUGGUGGCAGGAGAGGCUGGCCUUGGCCCCAAUGGGACUGGGACCUGCAAUGUCACUGUGCAGGUCAGGUCAGAACAGGGGUGCUCAGUGACCCCCCAGACACAGACCAUCGUCCUCACUCCGGCCCCCCUCAGCUGGAGUGCUCCAGGGGCCCUCUGUGGGGGUGCUGCGUGUCCCGCACCCAUCUUCGUGACUGCCUCUGCGGUGGAGACCAGCAUGCCUGCCUCGGCCCAUGGGGGCUCCCAGGCCAGCAAGGGAGGCUUGGCCCCAAGCUUUCCACGUCCGGCUCAGCCCCCAGUCGCGCGGCUGACCACCGUCGUGCCCCCAGUCAACGCCAGGCCACAGCCUCACGGAGCUUCCAGGAGCCGGACCUCGGCCUCGCCCGCGGACUCCUGUAACCCCAAGAGUGUUUACGAGAACUUCCGGCGCUGGCAGCGCUUCAAGUCGCUGGCCCGGAGGCACCUCCCGCAGAGCCCCGACGCAGAAGCUCUCUCCUGCUUUCUCAUCCCGGUGCUGCGGUCCCUGGCGCGCCUGAAGCCCACGAUGACGCUGGAGGAGGGAGUGCGGCGGGCCGUGCAGGAGUGGGAGAGCAAAAGCAACUUUGACCGCUUGAUCUACUACGAGAUGGCGGGAAAGUUUAUGGAGUUCGAGAUGGAGGAGGAGAUGCAGAUGCGGAAGUUACAGUGGGUGAAGGUGGCCCAGGGCCUGCCUCCCCCAGCGCCCCCGAAGCCUGAACGGCGGGGGCCCCCAGCCACGGAAGCGGGCCCGCAGCCAGCGUGCGUUCCCAGGAAGGCGGGUUCCAGGGCCCAGCCCUCCCGCCUGCAGCCACACAGACCCCCACGGCGCCGAGAGACCAAGGCGCCCAAGGAGAUCCCUCCAGAGGCUGUGAGAGAGUACGUGGACAUCAUGGAGGGGCUGCUGGGGCCUGGCCACUCAGCCCCGGGGGGCCCGGCAGGUGAAUGGGGAGAGGACGGAAAGGAGCCACAGCAGGACGAGGCCGCGACCUACCCGGACCCGGGUCUCCUGAGCUACAUUGACGAGCUGUGUUCCCAGGAAGACUUCAUCACCAAGGUGGAGGCAGUCAUCCACCCCAGCUUCCUGGCGGAAUUGCUGUCCUCGGAACCACAGCUGGACCUCCUGGCCCUGGCUGAGAAACUGGAGCAGGAGGAAGGGCUCAGCCUUGCAGAGCUGGUGGAGAAAAGACUGGCGGCCCUGAAUCCGGAGGAGGGUGUGCAGGCACCGCCACGUCUCUGCGCGGCCCGGUCGGGCCCCAGUGCUGAGCACGAGACCGGUCCCGGGAAGGGGCUGGGGGGUCAAAGGGGCGCCUCCCCUGGACCGGGCCCCAGGGAUGCCCCGGUUCUCAGAGAGGCCCCUCCUGCUAGGGACACUCGAGGGCUGGUGGAUGGGUCCAGUGAGGACGAGGAGGAGCUCCCCAGCCUGGCCUUCCUCCUGGCCUCUCAGCACAGCCUGCUGCCCUGGGGGCUCUCCCAGAGUCCCGCUCCUGCCUCAGUCAUCCCCAGCCCUGGCGGUUGGGGGCCGCAGGGGGCUCCACGGGCCCCCUCUCCUCAGAGAAUAGGCCUCGGCCCGGCCGCCCCCCCAGCUACAAAGUCCAGGAAGCGGGCUCUGUGUGAGGGUCCUGCCUCUGUGGCAAAGAUGCCCCUGCCUGGGGCCAACCUCGGGGUGUCUGGGAGGCCGGCCUUGGCUGUGGGGCUGGUUCACCCCUCACAGCCUGCAAAGAGAAGGUGUGACUCCUUGGUCACAGGGAGGAGAAGGAAGCAUCACUGCAGCCAGUAG